AUGGUGGCUUCCGAUUCUCAGGUGUCCCUUAGAAAACCACCAGCACAUGGCAAGAACCACCAAUGCACAGAGUGUGGCAAAAACUUCAGCCAGAAGUCCAAUCUUCUCCGCCACCAGAAGCUGCAUCUGGACAAAAGACCCCACAGGUGUGACCAGUGUGAUAAAAGUUUCUCUGAGGCCGAGGCCCUGGCCACGCACCAGAAAGGCCACGCAAGUGACAAACCGUACAAGUGUGAGGAAUGCGGGAAAAGCUUCAGCUGGACCUCGCACCUGGAGAGGCACCGGCGGAUCCACACCGGAGAGAAACCCUUCCAAUGCAAGGAGUGCGGCAAGGCCUUCAGUGUUGGAUCACACCUGGAGAGGCAUCGGCGUAUCCACACCGGGGAGAAGCCGUAUCAGUGCAAAGAGUGUGGGAAGAGUUUCAGUGUUAGCUCCACCCUGGUCCAGCACCAGAGGAUUCACGCCAACGACAAGCCCUACCAGUGUGAGGACUGUGGGAAGGGCUUCGCACUCGGGGCCAACUUGGUGGCUCACCAGAGGAAACAUCUGGGACAGAAGCCCUACGAGUGCCCCGAUUGCGGGAAAAGUUUCAGCUUCACCUCUCACCUAGAGAGACACCAGCGGAUCCACACGGGAGAGAGGCCCUACGAGUGCCCCGACUGUGGGAAGCGUUUCAGCCGCAGUUCCCACCUUUACAGGCACCAGAGAAUCCAUACGGGGGAGAAGCCACACCAGUGUACAGAUUGUGGCAAAAGCUACUACCUCAGUGCGGCCACCCUCCACCACCUCCAGGAAUCUCCAGCCCGGAGUAGGGACCCCACCAAAUGCACAGAAUGUAACCGGAAGAGGGUGGUCCCGCAGCCACCUCCACCUCCUUCCUCCCUGCCAAUGUCUACCGAGAAGCCCUUUAAAUGCUCCGACUGUGGGAAAGGAUUUGGCCAGAGUUCGUCUCUGGUGAAGCACCAGCGGAUCCACACUGGAGAGAAGCCAUAUCAGUGUCUGGAGUGUGGGAAGAACUUCAGCUGGUGCUCGGCCCUGAUCAAGCACAAGCGGACCCACACAGGAGAGAGGCCCUUUCAGUGUGGAGACUGUGGGAAAACAUUCAGCGUCAGCUCCCAUUUGGAAAGGCACCAGCGUGUGCACGCUCCCGACCGGCCCCACAAGUGUGCCGAAUGUGGGAAAACCUACAGGGAACUGGCCUCCUUAGUCAAGCACCAGAAAUCCCACGUGCCCGGGAGCAAGCGUUAUCGGUGCCCUGACUGUGGGAAAAGUUUCAGCUGGAGCUCCCACCUGGAAAGACACCAGCGGAUCCACACGGGGGAGAAGCCCUACCAGUGUGGUGACUGUGGGAAGUGCUUCAGCGUCAGUUCCCACCUGGACCGCCACCAGAGAAUCCACACGGGAGAGAAACCCUACCACUGCGGUGAAUGUGGGAAGAGCUUCAGCGUCAGCUCCACGCUCUUGCAGCACCAACGGACACACUCGAGCGGGAAGCCUCACAAGUGCAAGGAGUGUGGGAAGCGAUUUGUGGCCGGGGCACAGCUGCUCACGCACCAGCGGGCUCACCGGGGCGAGAAACCUUACGACUGCACCGUCUGCGGAAAGAGCUUUGGCUUCGUCUCCCACCUGGAGCGGCACCUGAGGGUCCACACGGGCGAGAAGCCCUACCCGUGCUCGGAGUGUGGGAAGUGUUUCAGCCGCAGCUCGCACCGCAACCGCCAUCAGCACACUCAUGCGGCAGAGGGGCUCCCCAAAGGACAACCUGAAGGCCAGAAGGACACCUCUGUUUCAACCGAGACUAAGCACCCCAAAGGGCUGCUUCCCGUUGUUCCUGACCCUCCUCUUUCUCUCAUGCCCUCCUGGUGGAGUGAGGGGGACAGGAACAGCAUCCCCACCUGGCCCGAGGCCCCACCGCCUUUCCAGGGCUUCAUCCCCAACGCUGUCUCAGCGGGAGGACUGCGGAGCUGGGGUGGGAAGGGAUUUUUACCUCCAGAUCCAUGGAGGUUAGGGGAAAACAGCUGUAGAUGGGCAUCCCCUUACCCGCAAGAGGGAUGGCCGCCACCUCCCCCAAUAUCCUAG